AUGGUUCGCCAGUGGGCGGCGUGCCACAGAGGAGCAGCUGGCCGAGGCGCAGCAAGGGACAGGGCCAACCCGCUGGCCACCCAGCUGCGCGAGGCAGCAGCCAAGACGGCCAAGGCCACCAAGCACGAGCAGAAGCUGGUCGAGGCGGUGGCCAGGCUCCAGGCGUCGCUGGUGGAGGAGCAAGCGAGCUUGCAGGAGGCGCGCCAGGCGCGGGCGGCAGUUCAGGCCCAGGAGCUGGCAGUGCAGGCGUCGGUGGGGGCGCAGAAGCCAGCACCGCGAGCCGGCGGGGUGGCCGUGCGACGUGGACGUCCUGCGCCGACCAGAUCGGGCAGGCGAUCGCCAAGACGGGCAAGACCCUCGAGGCCUACGGCAGCCUCGACUUGA